AAGAAGAAAAAAAUAUAGUUUUGUAAGCUAGGGUUUUCAGAACCUCUCUUUCAGCCUUCCUUCUUCCUUCCUUUCAAUACUUUCAGGAGAGCUACAGCUGCAAAAAUGUCCUAGAGAAGGCAAUCAAAGCGAAAGUAUCUUAAUUUGUUGCUUUUUAUCCAUUGAAGAAGAAGAAAAAAGGACUUGUUAUGGACAGUGCUUGUUCAGAGGGGUCUGAAAACCCUAAUCUUUCCGAGAAAGAUGAAGAUGAUGAAGAAGGAGAUGAGAACCCUAAGACUGAAGGAAGCUCAAGCAACAGCACCGUUGAAGAAGGCGAAAGGAAGAUUAAUUCGGGGUCCGUGAGGCAGUAUAACAGAUCCAAAAUUCCAAGGCUUCGGUGGACUCCAGAUCUCCAUAUGUGCUUUGUUCGAGCGGUGGAAAGACUUGGCGGUCAAGAUCGAGCAACACCUAAGCUAGUUCUCCAACUCAUGAACGUUAGAGGCCUCAGCAUCGCACAUGUCAAAAGCCAUUUGCAAGUGAUGUAUCGAAGCAAGAAGAUUGAUGAUUCUGGCCAAGCAGUUGCUAUUAAUCCAAUUCGAACACUGAUCGAACGCGAAGAUCAGCGGAAUUUAUACAGGCAUAGUAAUCUAGCAAUCCUAAAUGGUUUUGAGCAAAGAUAUUCAAACUUGAGAUAUGCCUCUUCAUGGAUUGGUCAUGGGUUUUGGAAUUCCUUAAGACCAGGAUCUUACAGUCCUGCAGCUGAUACUUCCUUCCUUACUCAUCAGAGACCUAUGAGCAAUUGGGACUUCCAUACACGUAGCUCUUCCAUUAAUGUUAGAGCUAACACAAGCAGUAAUGAAACAAAACUAAACCACAAAGAAUUCAAUUCCAUGCAUUAUAAUGAGAACGAAAUACCACAAAAUAUGACAAUGAGACCAAUAUUGAAGGAAGAAGACAAUGAACCAGAUCUGAAUUUAUCUUUAAAUAUUGCCACGAGGAAGGAGAAGAGGAAGAGAACAUGGGAGGAAGAAGAGGAAGAGGACAACAGACUUUCUCUCUCUUUGUCUUCUACUCUAUCAAGACAGGAAGAAGGAUUCAGAAGGAAAGGCCUAAUGGUUAGCGAAUUUGAGGCUGGGAAUCAGCAAGCAAAGGUGACGAGUACUCUAGAUCUGACUAUAUGAGUAGUAGUGUAGUGAGAUCUUGCGGUACUUGUCCAUUAAUGCUUAGGGAGGUAACGAACAUUUGUUCCUACAUAGCUUCGAUUUCUGUGCUUUGUUAUUUUUCAGUCAUCUUUAGUUGUGUAGCCUAAUAUGACAGUAAUUACCUUAUUAUAUAUAUAUAAUGCCUUCUCGGUUUCAACACUGGGUAAGUAAUAUAUAUAUCAUCGAUAUAUAUAAUAUUUAUAUAUUCCAGA